AUUGUCUUUAGAUAUAUUUCAUGUCCAAAAAGGGUAAGAAAGGGAAAAAAGGAGAAGACAACGAUGAAUCCACAACUUAGAUAAUGAGAUUUUAUAACAGAAAGAUCUAAAGUCUUGGAGUGGCAUAAAAUAAAAUUUUUGUUUAGGCAGUUGCAUAAGCAUUAGAAAACCAAGAACAUUUGACGACAGUAAAUAAUUAUUCAUUUAAAUUAGCUUCACAUAAUUGAAGAAAUAGGUCCUAAUGCAAUUAGAGGUAUUUUCGAAGCUUUAAUGGAUCUAAAGUAAAUAAAUUAAAUUAUAAAAUAGUUAUAAACAUUUGGCUAAUAUAUGGUUGAUCAAAGCAGGUUUGGGAUUAAACAAUAAUGAAGGUGUCAAAUAUUUGGCUAAUUAUAUUUAAAAAGCAUAAAAUACUAAAAUUUUGGAUUUGACUGAAAAUGAAAUUACACCUUAAGGUUGUACUUAUCUAGGUUAUGCCUUAUCCCCUGCUUUCAAGGUUCCCUUAUAAGAACUUGUACUUGAUUUUAAUUAUAUUGGAUGUGAAGGAAUGAAAGAAUUAAGUAAAGGCUUGGAAAUGAAUAGUAAUAUUAUUUUAACUAUUCUUCAAUAGCAACAAUCAGAAAGCUUUCUUUAAAUUAUUGUCGAUUAGAUUUAGAGAGUGUUAAAUAUCUUUAAGACAUUUUAUCCUUUGUUGAUUGUGAUUUAAGAUAUUUAUUUUUAGAGGGUAAUUUUUUAAGAAAUCAAGGGUAUUUACAUAUUUAUUUUUAGAGUUUAUUAAUUAUUUAGGGCUCUUGAAACUAAUGAAUGGUUAGAGGAAUUAAAUAUUGCAAAUAAUUAAUUUGGAGAAUCUGAAGAUGUUCCUCUUAUUGAAAAAAUUUGUGAAGUAUUAACCAAAAAUAUUUCAAUAUAAGUUUAUGAUUUUAGAGGAAAUGCUUUAUAUGAUGAUUGUAAUUCAUAUUUUUAUUAAAAUAGCUGCCAAAAAAUUUUUAGAAUGUAUUAAAAUGUACAAAACAGUCUGUAGACUAGAAGUUCCUAUUGAAAUUUAAAAUGCAAUUCUUGAAGAGAUCAAAAAAGUUACAAAAAAAAGAAAAAGAAGAAAGAAUAAAAAAAAAAAAUCUAAAAAAAAAAAAAAAGCAAAAAAAUGA